AUGGUUUCGCUUAGUACUCCUCGCGAUGGUGAAGGAACGUCUCGCCGACCCAUCACCACCAAUAACGAACCCGAUGGCCGAGAGACCGCUAACGACGCGACCCGGGUGCAAGUAGAUAGCGAUUCCGAUAUGGAGGAUGAAGAAUACUCACCCGACGAUCCCGCGAUCUCAGAUCCGUCUCUAGCGGCCUACCUUGAAAGGAUGGUCUCCAAAAGGUUCGACACCAUUCAAUCUAUAGUAGAAAGGCUUCCAGAGGUAGCUCCCCCUAUCCGGAGGAGCAAUCCAGGGUCCUAUUCCGAUACACCUUUCGUGGAAGAGAUUGCCUCGGUAGAGAUGCCUCGCAAGUUCUCCUUUCCGAACAUAAAGAUGUAUGAAGGUACAAGAGAUCCCGACAAUCACGUUGCUCAGUACAUGAAACACAUGCUAGCCGUAGCAAUCCCUAGAGAUGCAAGGGAAGCUACCAUGUGGAAAGGAUUUGGAUCAACCCUGACCGGUCCUGCUCUUCAAUGUUACAUUAAUCUUCCUACCAAGUCCAUCAGGUCCUUUGCAGCCCUUAGUGAUAAGUUUGUAGAGCAAUUUGCCAGUAGCCGCAACCUAGAGAAAAAUUCGGAUGAUCUCUACGAAGUCCUCCAGCAUAGGAAUGAACCCUUGCGUUCCUACAUAGCAUGCUUCAACCAAGAGAAUGUGGCUAUUCCUGAGUGCAACGCUGAUACGGCUUUCUCAGCCUUUAAGCGGGGCCUACUCCCGAAAGGAGAUCUCUACAAGGAUCUGACCAAGUACAAGUGCAUGACUAUGGAAGAUGUAUUAUCUCGCGCUUGGGCUCAAGUAAGAUGGGAGGAAGAUGUUGCAAGUAGGGAAAAGGCUUACCCGAAGCACGAUCAGAAGUCCUCAAAGCCAACUAGGAACGACCGCGAUGAGUCCUUCCAUCCCAAGUCAGCUAAAGAGACUAGCAAUCCAGGCAGGGGCAGAUAUCAAAACCGUCCUUUGCCUAGAUCCGAGGGGAUGAUGGUACCCACAUGGCCCGAUAUCUCUCAUCUUGCGAUAACAAAGUUGGAGCUGAUCUGUGUUCUACGACAAAUGGGUCCGCAAGUCAAGUGGCCCCCCAAGAUGAAGGCCUCUGAUGCUAACCGGCAUCCCAAACGAUGGUGCGAAUUCCAUAAUGACCAUGGCCACACAACGGAGGAUUGUAUAGUCCUGAAGAUAGAAGUCGCCGAGCUUCUCAAGAAAGGCCACCUUAGAGAGUUCCUCUCGGAUAAGGCCAAGAACCUUUUGAGUAAAGAAGGUCCCGGCCUUCCCACCGAAGCGGUUCCUGUUGGUCCCGGAUAUGGCCCGAUAGUUGAAUAA